AUGUCGAAACAUAACACGAUGACAUCAACGGUCUCUGACAUGUUGUCACAACAACAAAUGAAUUUACACCACUUGCAUAGUUUGCAGAAACAUACCAGGAGUCUGACGUCUUCAGACUAUCCCACCUCCUAUCUACAACAUAGUGGACCAUCAUCAUUGCAACAACAAUCAUAUUUGCAGCAGUCCUAUAUACAACAGCAACAACAACAACAACAACAACAACAACAAGCGCAAGUGCAAGCACAACCACAAGUACAACAAAACCCGAAUGUCAGUGCCGCAGAAAUGUUAUCAUCCACAUCCACUGAUCAAAACACGUUAACAAAUAAUAAUUUCGGGAAAAGAGGAAGUGUAGCCUCCGCUGACAUCAAUAACGUAGCACAAGCUAAUAAUAAUAAUAAUAAUAUUCCAGAAUUGAUGGUAAACAAUGAAUCCAUUUAUCCUCCAAAUAGUAAUAAACCAAUUCUCAAUAACGUCAAUAUAAACACAGCCUCUAAUUUUGAUGUUACAGGUAAUAGUCCAAAUCCUAAUCAAACCGCUGGUACCGGUAGUCUUCCAAAUAUUGAUUCCAUGGUAGGUUCAUCGUCUGUAAACCGUGCAAAUUCUACUUUAAGACAAAUACCAGAACGUAACUCGUUAACAAGCACUUCUAUGCAAUCCCGAAUGAGGAAUUCCACUCAACGUUCUAGAGCGAAUCAACAACAGGAUCCGAGAUCUCCAUUGGUUAUCCUAAUCCCAACAUCAGCUCAACCAACUGACAUCCUAGCAGCAAGAUUCUCAGCUUGGAGAAACAUUAUCAGGUCAAUAAUUGUUUAUCUAACAGAAACAGCAUCCAUUGAAGAUGAGAUCGUAAGGCAACAGUUAAGAUUAUCUCAUGCUGUUCAAUUCCCAUUUUUCGCCAUUGAAAAUCAACAUCAACCUACCACUAAUGAUGAAAAGGCUACUCAAAAAUUCUUUCUGCCGUUAGGUAAUGGAUCCAUUCAAGAUUUGCCCACUAUAUUAAACCAAUAUCAUGAAUCCAUGGCAUCCAGUGCUUCAAAGGCUUCAAGAGAUUUAUCUAAUGAAAUUAUCCCAAGACUAGAAGACUUAAGAAGAGAUCUUUUGAUUAAGAUUAAAGAAAUUAAAUCGUUACAAUCUGAUUUCAAAAAUUCAUGUGCGAAAGAGUUACAACAAACAAAGCAAGAUAUGAGACAUUUUUGGGAUUCUUUGAAAGAUGUUCGCUAUAAUAAUGUACCAAGGCAAGAUCCUUAUUUAACCAAAAUCAUAUUAGAUAAACAAAUUAAAAAGCAAAUCACUGAGGAAAAUUUCCUGCAUGAAGCUUUUAAUAAUUUAGAAACUUCAGGCGCAGAAUUGGAAAAAGUCGUCGUUAUGGAAAUUCAAAAUGCAUUAACUAAUUAUGCAAGAUUAUUAGGACAACAAUCACAAUUGGUUUUCGAUAUAUUAAUCUCCAAAUUAGAUAUUGGUCUAUUCAACAUGGACCCUCAAUUUGAAUGGGACAAUUUUAUAUCCAGAGAUCCAAACUUUUUAUUACCCAAUUUACCAAUGAGAAGCUUCAAAGAAAUUGUAUAUAGAUCACAAUUUGAUCCACUAACGUACCAAAUUAGAUCAGGGUUCUUAGAAAGACGUUCUAAAUUUUUGAAAUCGUAUUCAAGAGGUUAUUACGUCUUGACUCCAAGUUUCCUGCAUGAAUUUAAAACUGCAGAUAGAAAGAAAGAUCUAGUACCUGUAAUGUCACUAGCAUUAAAUGAAUGUAGCGUCACUGAACAUUCUAACAAGAAGGUUCAACAAGAAGCCAAAUUUAUUCUACACGCAAAACAAAAUGGUCUAAUACAUAAGGGUCAUAAUUGGGUUUUUAAGACGGAUUCCUAUGAUACUAUGAUGCAGUGGUUUGAAGAUAUUAGGUUGUUGACUUCCACUUCAAAUUUACAAGAAAAGUUAAAGUUUGUUAAAAAUCGUUUGAACUUGGACGAUGAUGGAAAACCAAUGUCUGCUACCAAAGAUGAGGUACCUUUAAAUAAUGAAAAUGCAGCUUGA